UUGCAUCCAGAAAUCUUUAGACGAUAUCGCACAAAAUUCAGCCAUUCGAAAUGACGUUCCUUCACAACAAACAGGCUCAAAACAAAAGAAUUCUGAUACUGGAAAUACGUUGUCUAGCAAUGAAAGCAUGUCUGUUGUCGAUGAAUGAAAGGUGAUUGCAUCCAGAAAUCUUUAGACGAUAUCGCACAAAAUUCAGCCAUUCGAAAUGACGUUCCUUCACAACAAACAGGCUCAAAACAAAAGAAUUCUGAUACUGGAAAUACGUUGUCUAGCAAUGAAAGCAUGUCUGUUGUCGAUGAAUUGAAAGGUGAUUGCAUCCAGAAAUCUUUAGACGAUAUCGCACAAAAUUCAGCCAUUCGAAAUGACGUUCCUUCACAACAAACAGGCUCAAAACAAAAGAAUUCUGAUACUGGAAAUACGUUGUCUAGCAAUGAAAGCAUGUCUGUUGUCGAUGAAUUGAAAGGUGAUUGCAUCCAGAAAUCUUUAGACGAUAUCGCACAAAAUUCAGCCAUUCGAAAUGACGUUCCUUCACAACAAACAGGCUCAAAACAAAAGAAUUCUGAUACUGGAAAUACGUUGUCUAGCAAUGAAAGCAUGUCUGUUGUCGAUGAAUUGAAAGGUGAUUGCAUCCACAAAUCUUUAGACGAUAUCGCACAAAAUUCAGCCAUUCGAAAUGACGUUCCUUCACAACAAACAGGCUCAAAACAAAAGAAUUCUGAUACUGGAAAUACGUUGUCUAGCAAUGAAAGCAUGUCUGUUGUCGAUGAAUGAAAGGUGAUUGCAUCCAGAAAUCUUUAGACGAUAUCGCACAAAAUUCAGCCAUUCGAAAUGACGUUCCUUCACAACAAACAGGCUCAAAACAAAAGAAUUCUGAUACUGGAAAUACGUUGUCUAGCAAUGAAAGCAUGUCUGUUGUCGAUGAAUUGAAAGGUGAUUGCAUCCAGAAAUCUUUAGACGAUAUCGCACAAAAUUCAGCCAUUCGAAAUGACGUUCCUUCACAACAAACAGGCUCAAAACAAAAGAAUUCUGAUACUGGAAAUACGUUGUCUAGCAAUGAAAGCAUGUCUGUUGUCGAUGAAUUGAAAGGUGAUUGCAUCCAGAAAUCUUUAGACGAUAUCGCACAAAAUUCAGCCAUUCGAAAUGACGUUCCUUCACAACAAACAGGCUCAAAACAAAAGAAUUCUGAUACUGGAAAUACGUUGUCUAGCAAUGAAAGCAUGUCUGUUGUCGAUGAAUUGAAAGGUGAUUGCAUCCACAAAUCUUUAGACGAUAUCGCACAAAAUUCAGCCAUUCGAAAUGACGUUCCUUCACAACAAACAGGCUCAAAACAAAAGAAUUCUGAUACUGGAAAUACGUUGUCUAGCAAUGAAAGCAUGUCUGUUGUCGAUGAAUGAAAGGUGAUUGCAUCCAGAAAUCUUUAGACGAUAUCGCACAAAAUUCAGCCAUUCGAAAUGACGUUCCUUCACAACAAACAGGCUCAAAACAAAAGAAUUCUGAUACUGGAAAUACGUUGUCUAGCAAUGAAAGCAUGUCUGUUGUCGAUGAAUUGAAAGGUGAUUGCAUCCAGAAAUCUUUAGACGAUAUCGCACAAAAUUCAGCCAUUCGAAAUGACGUUCCUUCACAACAAACAGGCUCAAAACAAAAGAAUUCUGAUACUGGAAAUACGUUGUCUAGCAAUGAAAGCAUGUCUGUUGUCGAUGAAUUGAAAGGUGAUUGCAUCCAGAAAUCUUUAGACGAUAUCGCACAAAAUUCAGCCAUUCGAAAUGACGUUCCUUCACAACAAACAGGCUCAAAACAAAAGAAUUCUGAUACUGGAAAUACGUUGUCUAGCAAUGAAAGCAUGUCUGUUGUCGAUGAAUUGAAAGGUGAUUGCAUCCAGAAAUAUACGAUAUCGCACAAAAUUCAGCCAUUCGAAAUGACGUUCCUUCACAACAAACAGGCUCAAAACAAAAGAAUUCUGAUACUGGAAAUACGUUGUCUAGCAAUGAAAGCAUGUCUGUUGUCGAUGAAUUGAAAGGUGAUUGCAUCCAGAAAUCUUUAGACGAUAUCGCACAAAAUUCAGCCAUUCGAAAUGACGUUCCUUCACAACAAACAGGCUCAAAACAAAAGAAUUCUGAUACUGGAAAUACGUUGUCUAGCAAUGAAAGCAUGUCUGUUGUCGAUGAAUUGAAAGGUGAUUGCAUCCAGAAAUCUUUAGACGAUAUCGCACAAAAUUCAGCCAUUCGAAAUGACGUUCCUUCACAACAAACAGGCUCAAAACAAAAGAAUUCUGAUACUGGAAAUACGUUGUCUAGCAAUGAAAGCAUGUCUGUUGUCGAUGAAUUGAAAGGUGAUUGCAUCCAGAAAUCUUUAGACGAUAUCGCACAAAAUUCAGCCAUUCGAAAUGACGUUCCUUCACAACAAACAGGCUCAAAACAAAAGAAUUCUGAUACUGGAAAUACGUUGUCUAGCAAUGAAAGCAUGUCUGUUGUCGAUGAAUUGAAAGGUGAUUGCAUCCAGAAAUCUUUAGACGAUAUCGCACAAAAUUCAGCCAUUCGAAAUGACGUUCCUUCACAACAAACAGGCUCAAAACAAAAGAAUUCUGAUACUGGAAAUACGUUGUCUAGCAAUGAAAGCAUGUCUGUUGUCGAUGAAUUGAAAGGUGAUUGCAUCCACAAAUCUUUAGACGAUAUCGCACAAAAUUCAGCCAUUCGAAAUGACGUUCCUUCACAACAAACUGGCUCAAAACAAAAGAAUUCUGAUACUGGAAAUACGUUGUCUAGCAAUGAAAGCAUGUCUGUUGUCGAUGAAUUGAAAGGUGAUUGCAUCCAGAAAUCUUUAGACGAUAUCUCACAAAAUUCAGCCAUUCGAAAUGACGUUCCUUCACAACAAACAGGCUUAAAACAAAAGAAUUCUGAUACUGGAAAUACGUUGUCUAGCAAUGAAAGCACGUCCUUUGUCGAUGAAUUGAAAGGUGAUUGCAUCCAGAAAUCUUUAGACGAUAUCUCACAAAAUUCAGCCAUUCGAAAUGACGUUCCUUCACAACAAACAGGCUUAAAACAAAAGAAUUCUGAUACUGGAAAUACGUUGUCUAGCAAUGAAAGCACGUCCUUUGUCGAUGAAUUGAAAGGUGAUUGCAUCCAGAAAUCUUUAGACGAUAUCUCACAAAAUUCAGCCAUUCGAAAUGACGUUCCUUCACAACAAACAGGCUUAAAACAAAAGAAUUCUGAUACUGGAAAUACGUUGUCUAGCAAUGAAAGCACGUCUGUUGUCGAUGAAUUGAAAGGUGAUUGCAUCCAGAAAUCUUUAGACGAUAUCUCACAAAAUUCAGCCAUUCGAAAUGACGUUCCUUCACAACAAACAGGCUUAAAACAAAAGAAUUCUGAUACUGGAAAUACGUUGUCUAGCAAUGAAAGCACGUCUGUUGUCGAUGAAUUGAAAGGUGAUUGCAUCCAGAAAUCUCUAGACGAUAUCUCACAAAAUUCAGCCAUUCGAAAUGACGUUCCUUCACAACAAACAGGCUUAAAACAAAAGAAUUCUGAUACUGGAAAUACGUUGUCUAGCAAUGAAAGCACGUCUGUUGUCGAUGAAUUGAAAGGUGAUUGCAUCCAGAAAUCUUUAGACGAUAUCUCACAAAAUUCAGCCAUUCGAAAUGACGUUCCUUCACAACAAACAGGCUUAAAACAAAAGAAUUCUGAUACUGGAAAUACGUUGUCUAGCAAUGAAAGCACGUCUGUUGUCGAUGAAUUGAAAGUUGUUUUCGGGCGUUAAUUAACACUUUGGCGACACCACAGUGGUUACGUACGAAAACUAGCGUCCGACUGCCGGCGACAUCACAGUGGUUACGUGCGCUUAGUGUCUCACUGGCCGGCGACAGCACUUUAGUAUCGUUUGAAUUCUGUUGGGAUUUUGUUUAGGUAACAUUAACCUACACACGCCUACAAGUUUUUUUAUUUUUUAUAAAUAGGGGAGGUGGAGAAAUACGGACAUAUUAAGAAGAACUUCAAUUAUAUCUUUCGAAACUCAUAUUUCUCCAAACUUAAAUACAGUUCCUUACAUUUCAAUAUACUGUUUUACGAAUUAUUCGGCCGAAUGUUUUUCAAUGUUUUUACUAAAAUUAAAACAGACCGGAAAGUAGAACAUUUUUCGAAGAUUAUGUGGGAGAAAUAUGGACAGUUUUGUAAUAUUUACGCAUGUAUAUGGUCGAAAUUUAAUGAAAGUGAGAAAUAGCAAACUCAAUAAAAAAUAAAAUAUCUACCAAAAAAAAACAAGAUUUCUAAAACCGGACAAUCCAUGAUCAAAAGUGGAUAAUACAUGAUUUCUCUUUGAAGAAAAACAUUGACAUUAUUACCAACUAGAGACUUGGGGAUUUUCAACAAACCUAAACCUGAUUACAUAUGAUUUUCACGAAGAAAGA